AAAGAAAUUAGAAAAAGAAAAUUCCGAUCGCUUUUCGUUUCCCUCUAUUUCUCCCCAUUUUCCAAUCUUUGGAGGGAAACAGAGAAAUUUGAUCUGCUCUUGAAAAUUCUCUGCUGUUAACAGUCAAAUUCAACCUUACAAGAUUCCUCACUUUCACUUUACUGAAUUUGCUUUCAGCUGCCCGUUUCUAAUCUUCCGAAGUUUUAAUUCUAGGUGGGGAUAAUCUCCCUAAUGAAAAAUGCAGACCAAGAAAAAAUCAACCGGAAGAAAUUCUCGGGAGCUAGCCAGUCCAAGGGUUUCAAGACAGCAGAAGAAACUGGUUGAAAAUGUGCAAGUUCAGGGGAAGAAAGUUACGGAGCUGAUCACGUCUUCUGCAAGGAAGAAAAAAGUUGUCGGCACACUUUCAAAGACAAUCGAGGAGCCAGUUGGUGGAACAAAUUUGGAUACCAAAUUCAGAUUGGUGGAUGAUGAUUCCAAUGCAUGUUUGGGGUUCCAUGCCGAGCAUGAAUUUAGUAAUUCUUUUAUUAUAAAGGAUAAUGACAAUGGGGCUGCUAAUUGUGUGUCGGAUACCAUAUUUUCUCCGUCCUUUCACAUUGCAAGAAGUGUCGGAGGGGAAAUUUCAACUGAAGCAGACUUCUGUAAAUUCUUUCAGCAUGACAACCAGCAAAUUCAGGACUGUGGGAAAGAGAACAUCCAGAUUGAUUGCCCUGGUGGUCGUGUUCUUUCUCCUGAAGUUUCAGCUAUAUAUCUAUCCAUGAAAAAUUCAAAUCUGGAAUGCAUUGAUGAGAACAAUCAAGAUCACAUGUCAGUAGACGUCUGUCAGGAGGAUGAAGAUGCUGAAGAAUAUGAUGAUUUUGAUCCAUACUAUUUCAUAAAGAACCUACCAGAAUUGUCAACGGUGGUACCGACAUUUCGGCCUGUCCUGUUGCCUAAACAAACAAGAAGCUGCCCGUCAACCACACUUGUGCUGGACUUGGACGAGACCUUGGUGCACUCCACACUUGAACCGUGUGAUGAUGCGGAUUUCACAUUCUCAGUUAAUUUUAACCUAAAGGACCACACAGUAUAUGUGCGAUGCCGUCCUCAUCUUACAGAUUUCUUGGAGAGAGUAUCCAGACUCUUUGAGAUUAUUAUAUUUACCGCUAGUCAGAGCAUUUAUGCCGAGCAACUACUUAAUGUCCUGGACCCAAGGAGGAAAAUCUUUAGGCAUCGAGUUUACCGUGAUUCCUGUGUGUUUGUAGAUGGAAAUUACCUCAAAGAUCUGUCAGUUCUUGGCCGUGAUUUGGCACAUGUCAUUAUAAUUGACAAUUCUCCUCAGGCAUUUGGUUUCCAAGUGGACAAUGGAAUACCUAUCGAGAGCUGGUUCGACGACCGCUCCGACACAGAAUUGUUAUUGCUACUUCCGUUCUUGGAAAGUUUAGUUGGAGUCCAAGAUGUAAGGCCCUUCAUUGCCAGGAAAUACAAUCUCCGAGAGAAAAUUGAAGCAGCAGUUUCCCCCUUAGAAUAUAAUGCCGACACAGUGGUUGCACAGAAGGUGGAGGAAUCCGAGAUCACAGAGCAGGAUUCUCUUCUGCUCACAAGGAAUCUCUUGCGCAUUGCUAUAUUCAACAUCAGCUACAUCAGAGGUCUUUUCCCUGAGAAGUAUUUCAAUGACAAGUCUGUUCCAGCUUUGGAUAUGAAGAUAAAAAAGCUAAUGCCUAUGGAUGCUGAAUCACGUCGACUCAUUGAUUGGAUGGAGAAAGGCGUGUAUGAUGCUUUACAGAAAAAAUAUCUGAAAACACUCUUGUUCUGUGUCUGUGAGGCAGUGGAUGGUCCAAUGAUCGAGGAAUAUGCGUUUUCAUUCAGUUACUCUAAUUCUGACAGUCAAGAGGUGUCAAUGAAUAUAAAUCGCAGUGGGAAAAAGAAGGGAGGGACAUUCAAGUACAACUCCAAAACAGAGAUAACUCCUAGCCAGAUGAGGAGUUCGGCAUGUAAAAUGGUUCGCACACUAAUUCAGCUAAUGAGAACUCUGGAUAAGAUGCCAGAAGAGCGCACUGUACUGAUGAAGCUCCUGUAUUAUGAUGAUGUCACGCCAAUGGAUUAUGAGCCCCCCUUUUUCAGAGGCUGCACAGGAGAGGAAGCUCAUAAUCCAUGGAAUAAAAAUCCCUUGAAGAUGGAAGUUGGCAAAGUCAAUAGUAAACAUUUAGUACUCGCUCUGAAGGUAAAGAGCGUGCUUGAUCCUUGUGAAGAUGAAAACAAUGACAAUCAAGAUGACGAGGAGAGCUUAGGAGCUGAUUCUCUCCAAAAAGAUCAAUACAGUGAAUCUGACAGUGAGAUCAGCAAUUCAGAUGAUGAUCAAUAUAUUGUAGCACCUGCACAGAAACAGCAAUUUCAAGAAGAUAAUGGAGCAAUUGAUGAAGAUGAUACCCAGGAUCCAGUGGAAGAUGAACUGCAGCUGGAACGGGUAAAGGAUUGGAUCAGCUCAUACCACCUUGACACAGUUGAGCUUACUGAUGUCCUCUCAAUUUUCCCUGACAUCUCAGUGGUCUUGAUUGAAGAAAUUAUGGACAAGCUCGUGAAGGAAGGUUUAAUAUCAAAAGCUGAAGAGGAGAGCUAUGUCAUUAACAAGAAAAAGAAAUUUGACUACGAGUUUGAUGCUGUGAAAGAAGAAGCCGAUGGGCAAGUGGUACCACAUGGAAAAGCUGGGACUGUGAGUGUAGAUCACAUGUACAUGAAGGCUUUAUAUCAUACUCUUCCAAUGAACUACAUAACUGUAACAAAGCUACAUAAUAAACUUGAAGGUGAGGCCACCCAGACUAUGGUGAGGAAGCUUAUCGACAAAAUGACCCAAGAUGGGUUUGUUGAGGCCGGUAGCAACCGUAGACUCGGCAAGCGUGUUAUCCACUCUGAUAUUACUAGGAAAAAGCUGGUCGAAGUCAAGAAGCUCUUAAACAUAGAUGCCAUGGAUUUGGACGUGAAGGAAUCACUGAACAAGUCUAACCAUCCAGAAUCUGAGAUUAUUGCUGGUAACAAGAACAAGGACUUGUCCACGUGCGGUGGCCUGCACUCAAUUGGAUCAGAUAUCACACGGACAAGAGGUCGAUCUGACGCAUAUGUGAGUGACUCUACCAGGACUGACCAGGCUAUUGCCAAGAAAAGAGAACAUGGUGGGAAUACGCCCACUAGCAGGGCCGAGCCAGCAGCUUCAAGAGAAAGUUUUGUGCCUGGGGUUGAUGACGGCAGAGCUAAUGGAAAUACCAACAACGGUGAUGCAAUGGACAUAGUUAUGGAAAGCAGGUCAACCCAAGACAAAUGUUUGAGGAAAACAAGCACGCGCCCCUGCACUAAAAUUGACACAAAGCCAAAAUCUGAAGAAAGGAACUGCAGAACGAAAGAAAUGGCUUCAUCUGAGGUUGAGGUGCAGAGGAAUGACGUACAACUGAAGCACCUAGGUUUUGUCCGGAUUCUGACGAUAAACGCCUUAGUUUUGGUGUCGAAUCUGUACGAUAACGCUAAGCAAAACUCUGGCUCGCUCAAAUCCGCCGUCGAUACUGUGGAAAACGCCGUUACGACUGUUGUCGGCCCCGUUUACGAGAGGCUCAAGGGCGUUCCUGUUGAGCUGCUUGUUUUCCUUGACAAGAAGGUAGAUGAGGCUACCCACAAAUUUGACGAGUGUGCUCCACCGACUGCCAAGAAGGUUGUGUUCAAGGCCCAUUUACUAGCCAAGAAGGCAGCAGAGGCGGUGGAAGACUUGGCGGAGGAAGCCAAGGUUGCUGGUCCACUUGCUGCACUAACCCGUGCUGGUACUAUUUCCAAGCAUUUUGCUGUGGCUCAAUUGGCUUUGGUAUGGUACAAAGUUAAUGAGUAUCCUGCUUUGCAUGGAGUGGCCGAGAUGGCUAUUCCAACAGCCGCACACUGGUCAGAAAAGUACAAUAACUUGAUUAAAAACAUGGCUGCAAAAGGUUAUAGUUUCUUCAACUAUGUUCCGUUGGUUCCUAUUGAAGAAUUUGCCAAGUCGUAUAAGCAGGUAGAGGCAGCUGCUGGUAAGAAGACGGAUGGUGCCAGUUCAAGUGGAAGUGACUCGGACAAGGAAUAGGUGUCCAGCAUGCCUGUAAACUUUAGCUGUGUGUUGAUGCUUUUGAUUUGGUUAAGAAAGGCUAUUUGAAGGUUAAGUGGGUUAAAGGCUGUGUGUGCCUGUGUAAUAGAUAAUCUAUGUGAUGUGUGGUGUGCGCUUCUGUACAUUAUGCAACUGUUAAAAGUGAUCAAAGAUGGAACCUCAAUGUAGCAUUUUUGAUCAUCUUGGAAUGCUAUAUGUGAAAUGUUUGGUCGUAUAUCAAUACUUCUUGUUUCUGCCAA